GAAGUGACGGGAAGCUGGUAGUGGGGUAGUUGGCGGGUGGUUGAGCAGAGCCGGUCGCCAUGUCCGCGGGGAGCGCGACACAUCUUGGAGCCGGCGGGCGCCGCAGCAAAUGGGACCAGCCAGCUCCGGCCCCCCUUCUCUUCCUGCCACCGGCGGCCCCGGGCGGGGAGGUUCCCAGCAGCGGGGGAAGCCCGGGGGGCUCCACAGCCGCUCCCUCUGGAGCCUUGGAUGCCGCCGCUGCCGUGGCCGCCAAGAUCAAUGCCAUGCUGAUGGCCAAAGGGAAGCUGAAACCAGCGCAGAAUGCUGCCGAGAAGCUUCAGGCCCCUGGCAAAGGCCUAACAAGCAGUAAAAGCAAGGAUGACCUGGUGGUAGCUGAAGUCGAGAUCAAUGAUGUGCCUCUCACGUGCAGGAACUUGCUGACUCGAGGGCAGACUCAAGAUGAGAUCAGCCGACUUAGCGGGGCUGCGGUGUCAACUCGAGGGAGGUUCAUGACCGCCGAGGAGAAGGCCAAAGUGGGACCAGGGGAUCGUCCAUUGUAUCUUCACGUCCAGGGUCAGACACGGGAACUAGUGGACCGGGCUGUAAACCGAAUCAAAGAGAUCAUCACCAACGGGGUGGUGAAAGCUGCCACAGGGACAAGUCCGACUUUCAAUGGUGCGACGGUCACAGUGUAUCAUCAGCCAGCGCCCAUCGUGCAGCUGUCUCCAGCUGUUGGCCAGAAGCCUCCCUUCCAGUCAGGGAUGCAUUAUGUUCAAGAUAAAUUAUUCGUGGGUCUAGAACACGCCGUGCCCACUUUCAAUGUCAAGGAGAAAGUGGAAGGUCCAGGCUGCUCCUACUUGCAGCACAUUCAGAUUGAAACCGGUGCCAAAGUGUUCCUGCGGGGCAGAGGUUCCGGCUGCAUCGAGCCCGCGUCGGGCCGGGAGGCAUUUGAGCCCAUGUACAUUUACAUCAGUCAUCCCAAACCAGAAGGCCUGGCUGCUGCCAAGAAGCUCUGUGAGAAUCUCUUACAAACAGUCCACGCCGAAUACUCUAGAUUUGUGAAUCAGAUUAAUACUGCUGUACCUUUGCCAGGCUACACACAACCCUCUGCUAUAAGUAGUGUCCCUCCUCAGCCACCGUGUUAUCCAUCCAGUGGCUAUCAGUCUGGUUACCCUGUUGUUCCCCCCCCUCAGCAGCCAGUUCAGCCUCCCUACGGAGUGCCAAGCAUGGUGCCACCCGCCGUGUCGUUGGCACCCGGAGUCUUGCCAGCGUUACCCACUGGAGUCCCACCUGUGCCAACACAGUACCCGAUAACACAAGUGCAGCCUCCAGCUAGCACUGCGCAGAGUUCGAUGAGCGGGCCUUUCCCGCAGCCGCAGGCGCAGAAGAGGCGCUUCACCGAGGAGCUGCCCGACGAGCGCGAGUCCGGACUCCUCGGAUACCAGCAUGGACCCAUUCAUAUGACUAAUUUAGGUACAGGCUUCUCCAGCCAGAAUGAGGUUGAAGGUGCAGGAUCGAAGCCGGCAAGUUCCUCAGGCAAAGAGCGAGAGAGGGACAGGCAGUUGAUGCCUCCACCAGCCUUUCCAGUGACUGGAAUAAAAACAGAGUCUGAUGAAAGGAGUGGUUCUGGGACCUUAGCAGGGAGCCACGAUUAUCCAGUCAAGAAGAUGAAAACUUCAGAGAAGGGCUUUGGCUUGGUGGCUUACGCUGCAGAUUCGUCUGACGAAGAGGAGGAUCAUGGAGGCCAUAAAAAUGCAAGUAGUUUUCCACAGGGCUGGAGUUUGGGGUAUCAGUACCCUUCGUCGCAACCACGAGCUAAGCAGCAGAUGCCAUUCUGGAUGGCCCCGUAGGAACAGUGGGACAGAGUUUCGACCCUCGAUGACUCGUCCUUAGCAAUAAUGCAUGCAUUUGAUUUGACAAGACUGUGGCCUGUACUGGGAGCCAUCGUGGACCUUUGCCCAAGUUAGAGAUGCAGUGGCCCCUUUCUUAAAGGGGCCGCGUUCUUUUUAAAACACCCUCUUUUCUGCAGCGGCAUAGCAUCUGUUAACAUUUACUUAGGAUCACAAAUUUGUCUCAGAAGCCGUUUUUUUACCAGUCGGUGAAACACGCUUGGUCAACAGAGCACCCCAGCGGGGUCGUUCCAGUAUGCGUUUGACCUGAUCCGGCCUUUUCCAAAUGAAUAGCUCCUCUUCUGACGAAAAGAAAGUUUUAUUUGUAUUUUACUACUGUUUGGUCAAUUUUGAUAAUAACUGGUUAUACACAGAGCCUUACUGUUCGCUAGUGGGGAAGUGAUUUUAAGACCACCCUUUCCGUUCGGUACUUAAACAUCUGCAAGUUCCUCAUCCCUGUUUCAUUUUUGGAUUUUUUCCAUUUUGGAAAGUGCAGUUUCACGAAUUUAAAAUUGGCAGAUACGGCUGGAUCCCGGGUAGGAAAACAAAGGUAUUUUUUUCAUCGUGUCUUUUAUUGGGGUGACCCAAAGCCGUCACUUUCAGGCACACUCAUCUCUCAUGGCCACUGCUGUUUUUAUUGCCCUUCCAAGCUCCUUGUCUUCAUAUGGGUCAGAGAAAAACCGCUUGUUCAAAAGCUGGGCAGAACUCAUCACAAGCGAAACACAGCAGUCUGUCUCAGAACUGGUUGCAGCUCAAACAUUUCACUGCUCGCAGUAGGACGGCGGACUUAGGGGCUGAACUCGCACCUCGUCCUGUUUUUCUUGGCGUUACAGGUUUUGCCAAAAGAACUUUUUUGUAUCAAAUAUAUGGACGUGUGAAAGUGAAGAGCUAGUCUGCUGAGCCGGGAGUGUGAGACGCUGAACUGUCGUUUUUGCACAUUCGAAUACUUCGCAGGCUGCCUUUGUAUCAACUGAUCCUCUGGUUUCCUAUAUGUUGUAAAUAUUUAGACCAUUUCACUAUAAAUAAAUGUAUAAAUAUUCUG